GCACCAUUCUUCAACGCAAUAUCAAACUAUCAAAACACCAUAGCAGAGAAAGCUCUCAAUCACCAUGUCUUCUCAGAAUCCCAAGAAUUCACUCUACCCACAAGUUGAUCAAUCGAACCCAGAAGCUAUUUCUUCUUCUUCUUCUUCUCCAUCGUCUUCGACUAUAUACCCAUCUAUCGACAUGAAAGACCUCGCAGAGAAUCUCUUCCCAGAUAACGAUUCUCAAAACCCUAAUUCCCAAUCUCAACUCGAAUCCUCCGAAGAAAUCCUCAUCAGGGUUCCGGGCACAAUCGUCCAUCUCAUAGACAAAGAACAGAGCGUCGAGCUCGCUUGCGGCGAGCUCACAAUCGUUCGUCUCUUGCAAGGAGGAAACGUCGUCGCCGUUCUCGCUCGCAUCGACGAUCAAAUUCAAUGGCCAUUAGCGAAAGACGAAGCUGCUGUGAAGCUCGACGAGUCGCACUAUUUCUUCACUCUUCGUGUUCCAUCCGAGGCCGGGUUUGACAAUGAGGAAGACAACGAUGAAGUAAAUAUGGAGUCUGAGAAUUUGUUGAAUUAUGGAGUGACAAUCGCGUCGAAAGGGCAAGAGGGUUUGUUGGAGGCGUUUGAUUCGAUUUUGGAGCAUUACAGUGCGUUUUCGGUGCAGAAGGUGUCGGAGGCGGUUGAUGGAUCGGUGGUUGCGAGGGAGACAUCGCCGGAGGAAAUGGAAUCGGAGGAGGAGAAGAGGGAAUUGAUGGAGGGGAGUUCAGCGGCGUAUUGGACGACAUUGGCGCCGAAUGUGGAGGAUUAUAGCGGAAAUGUUGCGAGGAUGAUUGCGGUUGGUUCGGGGCAGCUGAUUAAGGGGAUUUUGUGGUGUGGAGAUGUGACAGUGGAUAGGUUGAAGUGGGGGAAUGAGUUCUUGAAGAAGAAGUUAGGACCUGCUUCACAGACAAAAAUUAGUCCCCAAGCCAUGAGGAGGAUGAAAAGGGUUAAGUUGUUGACAAAGAUGUCGGAGGAAGUGGCCACUGGAAUCCUUUCUGGGGUUGUGAAAGUGUCUGGAUUCUUCACAAGUUCGAUUGUGAAUUCCUCUGUGGGUAAGAAAUUCUUUAGCCUCCUGCCUGGAGAAAUUGUUCUUGCAUCGUUGGAUGGAUUCAAUAAGGUUUGUGAUGCUGUUGAAGUUGCUGGAAGAAAUGUAAUGUCAACCACAUCAGUUGUGACUACUGGACUUGUUUCUCAGAGAUGUCUUAUUGCAGGUACGGAGAGCAGGCAGCCAAGGUGACAAAUGAAGGUUUUGAUGCUGCAGGGCAUGCUAUAGGGAUUGCUUGGGCUGUGUUCAAGAUCAGAAAAGCUCUCAACCCAAAGAGUGUCAUCAAACCUACAACCCUUGCAAAGGCUGCUGCUGAAACAAAUUAUGCGGCAUUGAAGGCCAAAUCUAAUAAGCAAACAUAGAUGGAUUUUGCAGUUGGCUUUGUCUGCCUUUGGCAGUUGUCAUAGUUGUAAGAGGCUAUUAGAUUUUUGUCUUUUGGUAGUUCUUCCCCUCAAUUUUCUUUGUUACAGACGGUGCAUAAAAAUGUCUUUCUUUGUGUUCUUCUUUGAGGUCCUGACUCCUAAAGUUAUUAUAGGCUUCUUUGAAUUUAUACUAAUUUCCUACUGUAUUUUCUUUGAUAUUAAUUGGUCUCUCCAUCAAUAA